UGGGCUUCUAAUGUCAACACAAAGGUGUAAGCAAAAUAUUGUUUUAAGGCUUUAAGCUUCAUUCACAUUCAUACCAUUUCAUGGAAGGUUCAUUCAGCAGAAAGAGGAAUUGAUUAAACUAGGUAACAAAUUGUUGAACUUUUAAGCAUGGGAAGUGUUGUUGGUAAGGAUGGGCCUCAGACUAGUUUGGAGCCUAAGUCGAAGCUCGACGCCAAAAUAAUCGAGGCCUUGCGAAGGCGAGAAGUAAAAGGGAGUUCCAUAAAAUCCUUCAACACCAUUAUCCUAAAGUUCCCUAAGAUUGAUGAGAGCUUUAGGAAAUGCAAAACCACAUUCGAAGAGUUUGACGAGGAUGGAAAUGGUGCAAUAGAUCCUGAAGAGCUAAAACGUUGCUUUCGGAAGCUUGAGUUUAAUUUCAGUGAUGAGGAAAUAAAAGAGCUGUUUGAGGCGUGCGACAUAAAUGAAGACAUGAGAAUGAAAUUCAAUGAGUUUAUCGUUCUCCUUUGCCUCGUCUACCUUCUGAAAGAAGAUCAACCCAGUCAGCAAGCUAUAGGAAUGCCAAGUCUUGGGGCGACUUUUGAAACGAUAGUGGACACGUUUGUUUUCUUGGAUAAAAACCGGGAUGGAUGUGUUAGCAGAGAUGAGAUGAUUGAUGCCAUUAACGAGACUAACUCGGGAGAAAGAUCUUCCGGGAGAAUAGCUAUGAAAAGAUUCGAGGAGAUGGAUUGGGACAAGAAUGGGAUGGUUAACUUGAAGGAGUUUUUGUUUGCUUUCACGCAUUGGGUUGGGAUUGAAGAUGCUGAUGACAAUGAAGCUGAGCAUGCGUCAUAAGAACAAAAGCUUCGAACCCGAAAAAUCAUGUUUUAUUUGAUGUUUUGCAAAUUUGGGUUUUCAUAAAUAAUUUGGCACCAGUGAUAUAUAACUCUUUGAUUUGCUGCUGCCCAGCUUUUCUUCUUAUUGCUUUUCUUCUUAUUUCUUGUAUCUUCCUUUUCAUAUUUUUUUACCUUUUGAUUUCCUUUCAUGAGAAGGCUCCUGGGAGUAUAGAGUAUAUGUAAUGUACAACAGCAACUCAUUAAGAUAAAUGCAGCAAAUAUAAUUAAUCUAACA